AUGCCCAAGAGGAAGGUCAGCUCAGCCGAAGGCGCAGCGAAAGAGGAGUCCAAGAGGAGAUCGGCGAGGUUGUCAGCUAAACCUGCUCCUGCAAAAGUGGAAACGAAGCCAAAAAAGGCAGCAGCCAAGGAUAAAUCUUCAGAUAAAAAAGUACAAACAAAAGGGAAAAGGGGGACAAAGGGAAAACAGGCCGAAGUGACUAACCAAGAAACUAAAGAAGAUUUACCUGCAGAAAAUGGAGAAACUAAAAACGAGGAGAGUCCAGCCUCUGAUGAAGCAGGAGAGAAAGAAGCCAAGUCUGAUUAAUAUCGUAUACCAAGUCUUAUCAGUGGUUCCUGUCACCCUUGUACAAUCCAGAGGAAUAUUUUUAUCAACUAUUUUGUAAAUGCAAGUUUUUUAGUAGUUCUAGAAACAUUUUUGAGAAGGAGGGAAUCCCACCUCAUCCCAUUUUUUAAGUGUAAAUGCUUUAUUUUAAGAGGUAAAAUCAUUCGCUGGUUGUUUAUUUUUUGGUACAACCAGAAAAUAGUGGAAUAUUGAAUUAUUGGAGGCUUUGACUGUCCUGGGUGUCAGCUUAACAUUCCAUAGAUGGGGGUAGUUUUUAUAUCCUGUAAUACAAAGCAUACUAAAUGGCAAUUUGAAGUCACAGUCACAUAUUUACUGUGUCUUGAACAUUUAAAAUUAGUUCUAUUCCCAUGUUAUUUUUUAGUAGAAUUGUUUCUUAAAGAAGACCGCUCCUUAAUCAUUGCUCUCCCUGUCAGAACUGUGUGCCCUCUGUAACAUCUUUGGUCAUGGUAGUCUAGUUUUCCUAAUAGUUUUGUUAAUGUGUUGUGAAUGAUUGGAAAUUUGAUU